GCCGUGUCAACACUUCUGUUCAGGAUCUUUCAGUUAUCCAAAUCACUUUGUGCAGUGAGUGGAGGGGAAUAAUCGCACCGCCCGACCAUGCUCACAUUUAAAAAAGGAAGAGCUGCCUCGUGAUUUACCACCCUCAAGCGAGAGAGCGAGGGAGAAAUCAUCAUCAACCACAGAGCGAGAGGAGAGAUCAUCAGUCACUCACGGAGACGACGCUGAGGACUCGUCACGGCAGACAGGAGGGACAGAGAAAGAGAGAGACGUCCAUUCCCCUUUCCAGUUAGCUAGCUUCUCAAACCUCCUCGCUUCCUUCCAACGUCCUCCGGUACUACCCGGGUUGGGCAACCGUAAUAACGCGCCUCCGCCUGGACUGACAACCCCGAAGGCAGAAGGCGAGAGGCACGGCACCCUCGGGUCCCCACGCUUCGUGGAGAGAAUCGCUGAAAUGAGAUGAGGCUCAGAAAUGGAACGGUUGCGACUGCGAUAAUUUUCUUCACGUCGUUUCUCAGCCUGUCUUGGUACACAUCCUGGCAAAAUGGCAAAGAGAAGUUGGUAGCGUACCAGAGGGAGUUCCAUGCCCUGAAAGAGCGUCUCCGUGUGGCUGAGUACCGGACCCUGCAACGAUCCUCAGAGCUCAACAACAUCCUGGAGCAGUUCAGACGGGCCAUUGCAGAGACCAACGGCAGCAAGAGUGCUCUCACCAACUUCUCAGAUGAGACCCAGAAGCUGCUGAAGGAGCUGGCCAGUAGGAAGCCUCUCCAGGUGCCAAACAUCUACCACCACCUGCCUCACCUGCUCAAAAAUGAGGGCAGCCUGCACCCCGCUGUCCAUGUCGGCCUGGGCCGCACCGGAGUCUCCAUGGUGAUGGGUAUUCCUACCGUAAAGCGUAAAGUGAAGUCGUACCUGGCUGAGACGCUGCACUCGCUCAUCAACAAGCUCUCAGCUGAGGAGAAACAUGACUGUGUCAUCAUCGUCUUCGUAGGAGAGACGGACACGGAAUACGUCCAAAGCGUGGUGACCGGACUGGAGAAAGAGUUUUCUACAGAGUUCAGUUCAGGUCUGUUGGAGGUGAUCUCUCCUCCUGCCAGCUACUACCCUGAUCUCAAAGACCUCAAAGAGACCUUCGGAGACUCCAGAGAGAGGGUCAGAUGGCGGACCAAGCAGAAUCUGGACUAUUCCUUCCUCAUGAUGUAUGCUGUGAGCAAAGGAGUCUACUAUGUCCAGGGGAUGACAGAGUUGGAGGAUGACAUUGUGGCCAAACCAAACUACUUUGCCACCAUGAAGAACUUUGCCCUACAGCUCUCCUCUGAGGACUGGAUGAUCCUUGAGUUCUCCCAACUCGGCUUCAUCGGUAAGAUGUUCCAGGCUCCAGAUCUCAACCUCAUAGUAGAGUUUAUCCUCAUGUUCUAUAAGGAGAAGCCCAUUGAUUGGCUACUGGACCACAUCCUCUGGGUCAAAGUGUGUAACCCAGAGAAAGACGCGGUACGUAAAAACUGUGUGUGGGGAGGGGUUAUCUUCAAUCUUUUUUUCACUAUCUACCCUUUCUCCCUGCAGAAGCACUGUGAGAGGCAGAAGUCGAGUCUGCGUGUGCGGUUCAGGCCCUCUCUUUUUCAACAUGUGGGGCUGCACUCCUCUCUGGCCGGAAAGAUCCAGAAACUCACUGAUAAGGACUUCCUGAAGCCCCUGCUCCAUAAGAUCCAUGUGAACCCGCCUGCUGAGGUGUCCACAUCUCUCAAGGUGUACCAGGGCCACACUUUGGAGAAGACCUACCUGGGAGAAGACUUCUUCUGGGCCAUCAAUCCUACUGCUGGAGACUACGUCCUCUUCAAGUUUGACAAGCCCAUCAGCAUAGAGAGGUUCCUGUUCCGCAGUGGGAACCAGGAACACCCUGGAGACAGGAUAGAGAACACCACUGUAGAGAUACUGCCCUUCUCGGAAACUGGACCUAAGUCCAAAGAGAAAUACAAGCGAACUGAUGACCGCUUCUACAGGAUCGGUCAAUUUGAGAAGGGUGUGGCUGAGGGGGCUGUAGACACCUCGUUCAACCCGGUGGUGGCGCUGCGUCUCUCUGUCGUCAAAGACUCAGCUGUCUGGGCCAUCCUCAGCGAGAUUCACAUAAAGAGGAGAGCAGGCUGACAUAAAGCGGGGGGCCACAUCAAUCCUGGCCCCCGGCCCCGGGGUGCUCGCAGACGCACCUAAAACUGACUGACCAGGGGCCUUCUGCCACCUAGCAACCAGCAGUGACAUCAUCAGAGCGCACCAGAGCCGCUCCUCUCAGGGUUUCUGUCUAAGGGCGCUGUCACUCGAUUGCUUUCUCUCUAUUGCUGCCUAUCCUUUCCUCGCUCUCUUGCGCUCUUUUUGCGUGAAUGUGAAUACUACUGUACAAAAAAGAGCCAGAUAUAAAAUAUCAGAAGUCAUUUGGUAUGUCCGGAAGAAAUCCGUUUCCAGCUCUGACUGUCGAGGUAACGCCGAUGGCUUGUGACUCGGAGAGACACACCUCAGCUGAUCUGAGAGGCUGAUGUCACCAGGAUGCUGGUGUUGUACAUGCUGCUCUCUGCUCCAUGUGCUCUUCGUCUCAGCCUCUCUGAUCUGUUCCACUGAGGUAUUGCACUCACCGGAGCUAUAGUGGAGCCCCCUGCUGGUGAUUGAAGUGACUGAAGAAUGGCUCCAUCAGCCUCAAAGACCUGUUGCUUUUUGUUCUUUUCCACAGAGUUGUGUGUUUUAGGUAAACAGCAGGUAAUAAAUAGACAAACAAGUUGUCAGUCUUUCUUAUCGUGAA